CUCGGGCGCGAUGGGCGGCGUUGAGCUGCGCUCAUCACACAAGUAUGUGGAGGUUACAGACUUUGAGUGAAACGAUCUGGGGCUUUUAUUAAAGAGGAUGCGCUGCAUGCCAAUGGAAGUUUAAGAGUUCUUGACAGUCUUCGAUCAUAGCAGACAGAUUAUCUGUAUCUGAAGGACCUCCAUUGAUAACUUGAAGCACUUUUAGAUCGAGACUCUUUGAGCUACCAUCAUGGAUAUACAGUCUAAUUUCUCACAAAUUCUUCGGUUGAUGUUUAACUGCACAGGAUGAAGAUGAGGUUGAAAUCGUCUGUAAUGGAUCAUCCUCACGAUCUGAAAUGUAAAAUAGUUGUGGUUGGGGACACUCGGUGUGGGAAGACGUCCUUGUUAAGUGUCUUUGCAAAGGAUUCAUUUCCAGAGAACUAUGUUCCCACUGUGUUUGAAAACUACACGGCAAGUUUUGAAAUCGACACGCUGAGAGUUGAGCUCAGCCUUUGGGAUACAUCAGGAUCUCCUUAUUAUGACAAUGUGCGUCCCCUCUCUUAUCCGGAUGCUGAUGCGGUUCUCAUUUGUUUUGACAUCAGUCGACCAGAUACUCUGGAGAAUGUUAUGAGAAAGUGGAAAGGAGAAAUCGAGGAGUUCUGUCCCAAUACAAAAAUACUGUUGGUUGGAUGCAAGUCAGACCUGCGCACAGACCUGGCCACGUUCGUGCAGCUAUCCAAUGACUUACCUUUAUCUUAUGACCAGGGGUCAAAUAUGGCCAAGCAGAUCUCGGCCCCUUACAUUGAAUGCUCAGCACAGCAGUCUGACAACAGUGUGAGGGACAUUUUUCACAUAGCCACACUGGCUUGCAUCAGUAAAACCAGCAAGAACGCCAAACGUAUCAAGUCCACCAGAGCCACCAAGAAGACCUCACGUGUACCUAACAGGCGUGAACUGGACUCGCCAUCAUGUAUACACAAGACCAAGACAAAAUCCUGCACAGUCAUGUGAUUUCAGAAGCCAAGGAUCUGAGGACAUUCGGUCUGCAUGUAUUGUAUUAUCAGGAUUUUGGACCAUAACUGAAGGGGGCUAUAUUGCACUUCAUUACUAGAAUAAAUAUUCAUCUCUAAUGAUCCUGGGGUCUAUUCUGCUCUGCUUAAAUAUACAUUUUCUUAGCAUCUCAGCACACCUUUAGCCAUUGUUAAAACAUGACGCGGAACAAACAUGAAUGCAAAGUUUCAUAUAUACAGCUCUGGGAAAAAUUAAGAGACCACUCCACAUCCGUAUUGAAUUUCAAUUAAAACAAACAUCAGGAGUGACAUAAAGUCACCUAGCAGAAAUGUAAAAGACUGAGAGCAUAAUGGGUAACGUUAGAUGAAAAAUUUAAUUAAAAAUCAGGGUUAUUCCAUCAAAUGUUCAUUUUUUAACUAUUCCAUAAAUACUUGUAAAAACAUUAGUAUUGUGCUGUUUAGAAAUUAAUAUAAACUUGUGAAUGAAACAAAAGUCUUACUUUAACGCAUACCUCUAUAUAGUAAAUUCAGUAAAACUGAAAUCUUGAAGUGGUCUCUGAUUUUUUUCCAGAGCUGUAUAUACUGCUUAUUUCCUCUGAAUUUAGUAAUGUCAAUGUUUUGCUGCCACAUAUUUAUGGAUGUUAUUAACUUGGAUCAACACUCCGUCAGUUCUGGUAUUCUCAGGCCUUGUUUGACCCCACUUCACCAAAAUGUGUCAAAUAAUGUAACAAAUAUUUGUUGUAUGUAAAGUUUUGUAUAUGUAAUAUGAGUCAAUAAAUGAACCAUAUACCUGGCCAAAGAAACUGA